GCUAGUAAUCGAAAAGCAAUAGGAAUUUGUAAUCUCAGAUUCGUAAUUCUAUAGUACAUACACGCUUAUCGUGAGGGUUGAUUUUUUGGUGGAGAGGAUUACGGUUUGCAUACGAAAACGAUGGCACAUCUUCCCUCUGAGCUUAUAUCGCAUCAACAGAAAGUAUGUAGACUGUAUAAACGGGCUGUGCGUUGCAUAGAGGACUGGUAUCAUCAUACGCACGAUCGAAGGUAUGAAAUUGCUUUAUUGAGAGAGCGCUUCGACAAGAACAAGGACAUAAAGGAUAUGCGUCAUGCAAAGUAUCUGCUGGAUGAAGGAGAAAAAGAGCUUUUCUCUAAGAUACAUCCUCAACCGAUAACGUUCGCCAAUUCGGCUACAGGAGGGGCAUACAACCGAGAGUGUCAAAUCCCAGAUUGGGUCUUGGAUUACUGGCAUCCCUUAGAGAAGGCCAGAUAUCCUAAAUACUUUGCACGUCGUGAACAGAUGAAAGACGAAUAUAUAAAGUGGUACUUCGAAACCUAUCCAGAGGAAAAGAAAAAGAUUGAUAGUCAUUAAAAGCACUUGUAAUAUAUAUAUAUAUA